AUGGCGGCCCCUUCAGGUCGAUUCGCGAGCUCAUCGCCCCCACGAGAAGCCAAUGCAGCGAUGCUUUCGCCUUCAUCACCUGGCGCGUUGUUACCGCCUAGUCUACGAAGAGGCUCUGUAUCAACACUAGGUGACAAGUACUCCUUGGCUCCGAUCCACGACAAUGGGGCUCCGGCAUCUCGUUACAAGAUCGCGAAGCAGACGACGACUUGCACAACCCAGACCCGCGACGGGACCACCGGAUCGACCGAGGAGGAUCCAUCUUCACCGGCCGUGGUAUCCUCAACUUGGGAUGUUUGCUCAUCCUCGAGUGGGGUUGCUCAUGCUGUUCGCUGGGUACCCACUCUUGAGCUACCUCUUGACGAAGCCGACAGAGACGCUUGGCGGGUGCCUGAAAUGAUCCAUGGGUUUAUGGGGCUAAUCGACAAGGAUACACCCAAGGAGGCUUACACUCGUAAAUCAAUUGAUGAUGGGUCGGAAUGGGAUCUGGUGUUUAGCGACGAGUUUAACGUGGAAGGACGCUCGUUUUACCCGGGAGAUGAUCCAUACUGGGAAGCUACCGACUUGCAUUACUGGGGAACAAACAAUCUCGAGUGGUAUGAUCCUAGCGCAUUGACAACAGUCGGGGGAAACUUGAAGGUCUCUCUGAGCAAGUCGGAGCCAAAGUAUCACGAGUUAGAUUACAUGGGUGGAAUGAUGUCUACUUGGAAUAAGUUCUGUUUCACCGGAGGGUAUUUCGAAGCCAAUGUGUCUCUGCCUGGAAGUACUAAAGCCUAUGGUCUUUGGCCUGCUAUUUGGGCGAUGGGUAAUCUCGGACGAGCAGGAUUUGGUGCCAGCCUUGACGGUACUUGGCCUUAUACUUACGACACAUGCGAUGUCGGUACACUUUCCAAUCAGUCGUUCACCGAUACCACACCUCCAGGCGCACAUAGGAAUGGUGACCCGGGCAAGAACGGUGAACUAUCUUUCCUUCCCGGUCAACGCUUGAGCGCCUGCACGUGCAAAGGAGAGCCUCAUCCCGGUCCCAAGCGCCCUGAUGGAACCUUUGUCGGGCGUGCUGCACCGGAAAUCGACAUGUUUGAAGCACAAGUAUCGGGUGAUUAUAUUGGGCAUGUAUCUCAAUCUGGUCAGUGGGCGCCCUUCAACUAUCACUAUGAGUGGUUCAAUACUACGGAGAACAUCAAGAUUUACAAUGAAACCACAACCAAGCUAAAUGAGUAUACUGGUGGUGCUUACCAGCAAAGUACUUCUGGUCUUGCCAUCACGAACCAGGAAUGCUACACCGCUGGUGGAGGGUGCUUCUCGGUUUACGGUUUCGAGUACAAACCUGGCUAUGACGGGUACAUUACCUGGGUAAAUGACGGCCAACCUUCCUGGACUGUUCGUGGGGCCGGAAUGGGUCCUGAUCCUCGAGUCGAACUGACCGGUGGGCGGCCUGUACCUGUGGAACCGAUGUACAUGAUCAUCAACUUGGGUAUCUCGCCUAACUUUGGCGCGAUUGAUUGGGCAAAUUUGAUUUUCCCCGCAUAUAUGCUGGUCGACUGGGUUCGAGUGUAUCAACCUAAGGAUGCGCAUAACAUUGGAUGUGACCCGCCAGAUUUCCCUACCAGGGAUUACAUCAAUACUUUCAUCGAGGCUUACACCAAUCCAAAUCUCACAACUUGGGUGGACGACUAUGGCCAGUCAUCCCCAAGAACCGACUUAUUGACAACUGCGACUAAUCUCAUCUGA